GCCAUGUGGAGACCCGCCUUCAUUCCCACACACCAUCCUGCAGGGCCGCACGGGCCUGGAGAUGGGGGACGAGCUGCUGUAUGUGUGCGCCCCCGGCCACGUCCCGGGCCACCGUGAAACCGCCUUCACCCUGCUGUGUAAUGGCUGUGGGGAGUGGUACGGCCUGGUGCAGGUCUGCGGGAAAGAUGCAGCUGAGGCACAUAUUGACUAUGAGGAUAAUUUCCCAGAUGACAGAUCCGUGUCAUUCAGAGAGCUCAUGGAGGACUCCUGGACAGAGGCAGAGGAGGACAGAGGUCCGGGAGAGGCCUCUGAGGAGGCUCCAAGACAGGACCGUCUGGUCUCCAUUUCUGUGGGGCGAGAAAACAUAGCCCAGGAUACAGCCUUUGUGCCAACUACAGGCUUGUCCAUCAUGGGAAGCAGUGUCCCCACAGACCUGCCAGGAUCCCAGCUAAACCAGAAGUACUUGUUCUGGUUUCCUGCUGAGAACUUCCACAAGCCUGAGCUGGAGAAAGAGAUGAAUGAUGGCACCAAAAAGCAGUUUCCAGCUAGAGACAGCCAUAGUAGCCCAACACCAGCUCCAGGUGAACCUGAAGCCGAGGUGAUCUAUAGCAGCACUCGUGGUCCUUUGGGGCCAUUCUUGGGUAGGACUGACAGCAAGACAGGGGACCCAAUGGUGAGCAGCAGUGAUGAGUCCUGGUUAGAUGGCUACCCUGUGACCGAUGGGGCUUGGAGGAAGAUAGAGGCAGAAGAGGAGGAAGAGGAGGAAGAUGGGGACAAGAGAGAUGGGUCAGUAGGGCUGGAAGAGAGGGUUCCCGUUACUCCUAAUCAGCCCAUUCCUGUAGAAGUUAAGAAGCCCGGGAGUACCACCCUCACACCAAGUGACGACAUGACCCGUAGUUCAGUUCUUCCCUCUCAAACACCAGACGUAGAAGCUUUGGCUCUCAGACCAAUGAAUGUGUCUGAAACUGAGAGUCCGAGCAAGAGAGAUGGUGACUUGACCAGGUACCAGUCUACUGUUCCCUGGAGCUUUGCCACAGAGACAUCUCCCAUGGCCGCUCUACCCUAUGAACUCACCAGCUCUACCCUGGGGACGGUGACAACUGCUGUCCAGCAGAUGCCGAAUCACAUUCCCUCAACUAUCAUGGCAGCCAGCCAGACUCCAGGGGAAACCAUUGCUACUGAGGUCCAGGAUAGUUUCCCAUACCUGCUGUCUGAGGAAUUCUUGGGACAGGAAAGCCCUGGCCCAGGUGCAGGUGAGGAGCUUCUUCCAAGUGUGGAGCCGUGUAUAGGGGAUGGGUGUCCCGGCCUCAGCGGAGGCCCUGUCAUCGCCACCACUGUCACCGUCCUGUGUCUGCUGGUGCUCCUGGCAGGCGUGGGGGCAGUGUGGGGCCACCGUAAGUGCCAGCACAAGAGCUCCGUGUACAAGCUGAAUGCUGGGCAGCGGCAGGCACGGCACUACCACCAGCAGAUUGAGAUGGAGAAGGUCUAGCCACCUUCAGAGCCGGCUCUCCCGAAGCCACUUAGGAGGAAAAGAAACUGCCACGUCUCAUUGAUAAACACUGAUAAUUCACUAGAGCAUGAAACAGGUGGAGUAGGGCUCGUCUCUCUUUUUCUCGGGUCUUCGUUCUAUAGGCCGAGAAGUCCCUCUGGAGGCACCUGGUAGGACAAGAAGGCUCUGGUGGCAUCAUCAUAUGCAUCAGUAUCUCCUUAACCAACCACCCUGGAAUGUACUGUGCUGAUCUCAGACCUGUGCUCAGGCCCUAAUUCCAGUAAGAGGUCAAAACUCACCUCUCACUUCAUCAUGCUCUUGUCUCCAUUCCCUUGUUUUAAGAAAAAAAUUAUUAACUCCGUGACCUGAAAUUUUUAGAAAAAGUGUGAUAAACUGAGCACUUGAGAGCAGUGUUAUUUAGGAUAGAGAUAUUUAAUUGUUGGGGGUGGGACAUAGAAAAGUAAUGGGUUAUUUCGUUUUAAUGUUGUGACAUUGUGAAGGCAAAUGAGCCAAGAACCAGGACAUAGUCUGGAAGCUUUUGGUUUCUUUUUAAUUUUUUGUUGAAAUUGGAGGGAGGAAAAAAAAAAAAAAGAAAUCC